AUGGAGGAUCCACUGGAUGACGUUGUUGGUGUCAUGCAAGAUGGCAAGAUCUGGCGACCUACGGAAACAUUUUUGAUUCUACAAAAAACACCUUUCGCGAUCAACAAAACGCAAAACACCUUAACCACAGGUCAACGAGCAGACGUGCCCAGUAUGAUGCUACCUCAACAAAACGACAAACAUAACUUAAAACAGGCUGAGUGCGACGAAGAUAUUACCAUCAACGUCUCUAUUGCUCGCCAACCACAACAAAAGGUAGAACUAGUUCUGGGUCGAUUUGUGACAUCAAUGUUUGAACGGAAGCCUUCACAGAACUCUACCGCAAAUAAAAAGCAAAAUUAUGUCACAGAGAACAUGUCGAGCCGAAACACGGAAUCAGACGUCACAGAUAACCAAAAGGCUACAAACUUGAAACCACAACAAAGUUCAACGUCAGACAACAAAACAGUUACAAAGGUUGACUUUGUCGAUAAGGAAGCAUCAGAACUGGCUGACGUUACUCAAGAUCAAAGCGAUAAGUUGGCUGAUCAGAAGAAACUAAAGACCAAGAAACAGAAGACAGCUAAACCAGAAGAAGAAGCUGCUACUGAACUUGACCUAGUCAAUGAAGAAGCCUCAGAACUGGCUGACGUUACUCAUGAUGAGGCUUAUAAGUUUGCUGAUCAGAAGAAACUAAAGACCAAGAAACAGAAGACAGCUAAACCAGAAGAAGCUGCUACUGAACUUGACCUAGUCAAUGAAGAAGCCUCAGAACUGGCUGACGUUACUCAUGAUGAGGCUUAUAAGUUUGCUGAUCAGAAGAAACUAAAGGCCAAGAAACAGAAGACAGCUAAACCAGAAGAAGAAGCUGCUACUGAACUUGACCUAGUCAAUGAAGAAGCCUCAGAACUGGCUGACGUUACUCAUGAUGAGACUUAUAAGUUUGCUGAUCAGAAGAAACUAAAGACCAAGAAACAGAAGACAGCUAAACCAGAAGAAGCUGCUACUGAACUUGACCUUGUAAAUGAAGAAGCCUCAGAAAUGGCUGACGUUACUCAAGAUCAAAGCGAUAAGUUUGCUGAUCAGAAGAAACUAAAGACCAAGAAACAGAAGACAGCUAAACCAGAAGAAGAAGCUGCUACUGAACUUGACCUAGUCAAUGAAGAAGCCUCAGAACUGGCUGACGUUACUCAAGAUCAAAGCGAUAAGUUUGCUGAUCAGAAGAAACUAAAGACCAAGAAACAGAAGACAGCUAAACCAGAAGAAGAAGCUGCUACUGAACUUGACCUAGUCAAUGAAGAAGCCUCAGAACUGGCUGACGUUACUCAUGAUGAGGCCGAUAAGUAUGCUGAUCAGAAGAAACUAAAGACCAAGAAACAGAAGACAGCUAAACCAGAAGAAGCUGCUACUGAACUUGACCUAGUCAAUGAAGAAGCCUCAGAACUGGCUGACGUUACUCAUGAUGAGGCUUAUAAGUUUGCUGAUCAGAAGAAACUAAAGACCAAGAAACAGAAGACAGCUAAACCAGAAGAAGCUGCUACUGAACUUGACCUAGUCAAUGAAGAAGCCUCAGAACUGGCUGACGUUACUCAAGAUCAAAGCGAUAAGUUGGCUGAUCAGAAGAAACUAAAGACCAAGAAACAGAAGACAGCUACACCAGAAGAAGCUGCUACUGAACUUGACCUAGUCAAUGAAGAAGCCUCAGAACUGGCUGACGUUACUCAAGAUCAAAGCGAUAAGUUGGCUGAUCAGAAGAAACUAAAGACCAAGAAACAGAAGACAGCUAAACCAGAAGAAGCUGCUACUGAACUUGACCUAGUCAAUGAAGAAGCCUCAGAACUGGCUGACGUUACUCAUGAUGAGGCCGAUAAGUAUGCUGAUCAGAAGAAACUAAAGACCAAGAAACAGAAGACAGCUACACCAGAAGAAGCUGCUACUGAACUUGACCUAGUCAAUGAAGAAGCCUCAGAACUGGCUGACGUUACUCAAGAUCAAAGCGAUAAGUUGGCUGAUCAGAAGAAACUAAAGACCAAGAAACAGAAGACAGCUACACCAGAAGAAGCUGCUACUGAACUUGACCUAGUCAAUGAAGAAGCCUCAGAACUGGCUGACGUUACUCAUGAUGAGGCUUAUAAGUUUGCUGAUCAGAAGAAACUAAAGACCAAGAAACAGAAGACAGCUAAACCAGAAGAAGCUGCUACUGAACUUGACCUAGUCAAUGAAGAAGCCUCAGAACUGGCUGACGUUACUCAAGAUCAAAGCGAUAAGUUGGCUGAUCAGAAGAAACUAAAGACCAAGAAACAGAAGACAGCUACACCAGAAGAAGCUGCUACUGAACUUGACCUAGUCAAUGAAGAAGCCUCAGAACUGGCUGACGUUACUCAUGAUGAGGCUUAUAAGUUUGCUGAUCAGAAGAAACUAAAGACCAAGAAACAGAAGACAGCUAAACCAGAAGAAGCUGCUACUGAACUUGACCUAGUCAAUGAAGAAGCCUCAGAACUGGCUGACGUUACUCAUGAUGAGGCUUAUAAGUUUGCUGAUCAGAAGAAACUAAAGACCAAGAAACAGAAGACAGCUAAACCAGAAGAAGAAGCUGCUACUGAACUUGACCUAGUCAAUGAAGAAGCCUCAGAACUGGCUGACGUUACUCAUGAUGAGGCCGAUAAGUUUGCUGAUCAGAAGAAACUAAAGACCAAGAAACAGAAGACAGCUAAACCAGAAGAAGAAGCUGCUACUGAACUUGACCUAGUCAAUGAAGAAGCCUCAGAACUGGCUGACGUUACUCAUGAUGAGGCUUAUAAGUUUGCUGAUCAGAAGAAACUAAAGACCAAGAAACAGAAGACAGCUAAACCAGAAGAAGAAGCUGCUACUGAACUUGACCUAGUCAAUGAAGAAGCCUCAGAACUGGCUGACGUUACUCAAGAUCAAAGCGAUAAGUUUGCUGAUCAGAAGAAACUAAAGACCAAGAAACAGAAGACAGCUACACCAGAAGAAGCUGCUACUGAACUUGACCUAGUCAAUGAAGAAGCCUCAGAACUGGCUGACGUUACUCAAGAUCAAAGCGAUAAGUUUGCUGAUCAGAAGAAACUAAAGACCAAGAAACAGAAGACAGCUACACCAGAAGAAGCUGCUACUGAACUUGACCUAGUCAAUGAAGAAGCCUCAGAACUGGCUGACGUUACUCAUGAUGAGGCUUAUAAGUUUGCUGAUCAGAAGAAACUAAAGACCAAGAAACAGAAGACAGCUAAACCAGAAGAAGCUGCUACUGAACUUGACCUAGUCAAUGAAGAAGCCUCAGAACUGGCUGACGUUACUCAAGAUCAAAGCGAUAAGUUGGCUGAUCAGAAGAAACUAAAGACCAAGAAACAGAAGACAGCUACACCAGAAGAAGCUGCUACUGAACUUGACCUAGUCAAUGAAGAAGCCUCAGAACUGGCUGACGUUACUCAAGAUCAAAGCGAUAAGUUGGCUGAUCAGAAGAAACUAAAGACCAAGAAACAGAAGACAGCUAAACCAGAAGAAGAAGCUGCUACUGAACUUGACCUAGUCAAUGAAGAAGCCUCAGAACUGGCUGACGUUACUCAUGAUGAGGCCGAUAAGUUUGCUGAUCAGAAGAAACUAAAGACCAAGAAACAGAAGACAGCUACACCAGAAGAAGCUGCUACUGAACUUGACCUAGUCAAUGAAGAAGCCUCAGAACUGGCUGACGUUACUCAAGAUCAAAGCGAUAAGUUGGCUGAUCAGAAGAAACUAAAGACCAAGAAACAGAAGACAGCUAAACCAGAAGAAGCUGCUACUGAACUUGACCUAGUCAAUGAAGAAGCCUCAGAACUGGCUGACGUUACUCAUGAUGAGGCUUAUAAGUUUGCUGAUCAGAAGAAACUAAAGACCAAGAAACAGAAGACAGCUAAACCAGAAGAAGAAGCUGCUACUGAACUUGACCUAGUCAAUGAAGAAGCCUCAGAACUGGCUGACGUUACUCAAGAUCAAAGCGAUAAGUUUGCUGAUCAGAAGAAACUAAAGACCAAGAAACAGAAGACAGCUAAACCAGAAGAAGAAGCUGCUACUGAACUUGACCUAGUCAAUGAAGAAGCCUCAGAACUGGCUGACGUUACUCAUGAUGAGGCCGAUAAGUUUGCUGAUCAGAAGAAACUAAAGACCAAGAAACAGAAGACAGCUACACCAGAAGAAGCUGCUACUGAACUUGACCUUGUAAAUGAAGAAGCCUCAGAACUGGCUGACGUUACUCAAGAUCAAAGCGAUAAGUUGGCUGAUCAGAAGAAACUAAAGACCAAGAAACAGAAGACAGCUACACCAGAAGAAGCUGCUACUGAACUUGACCUAGUCAAUGAAGAAGCCUCAGAACUGGCUGACGUUACUCAAGAUCAAAGCGAUAAGUUUGCUGAUCAGAAGAAACUAAAGACCAAGAAACAGAAGACAGCUAAACCAGAAGAAGAAGCUGCUACUGAACUUGACCUAGUCAAUGAAGAAGCCUCAGAACUGGCUGACGUUACUCAAGAUCAAAGCGAUAAGUUUGCUGAUCAGAAGAAACUAAAGACCAAGAAACAGAAGACAGCUACACCAGAAGAAGCUGCUACUGAACUUGACCUUGUAAAUGAAGAAGCCUCAGAACUGGCUGACGUUACUCAAGAUCAAAGCGAUAAGUUGGCUGAUCAGAAGAAACUAAAGACCAAGAAACAGAAGACAGCUAAACCAGAAGAAGAAGCUGCUACUGAACUUGACCUAGUCAAUGAAGAAGCCUCAGAACUGGCUGACGUUACUCAAGAUCAAAGCGAUAAGUUUGCUGAUCAGAAGAAACUAAAGACCAAGAAACAGAAGACAGCUAAACCAGAAGAAGAAGCUGCUACUGAACUUGACCUAGUCAAUGAAGAAGCCUCAGAACUGGCUGACGUUACUCAUGAUGAGGCCGAUAAGUUUGCUGAUCAGAAGAAACUAAAGACCAAGAAACAGAAGACAGCUACACCAGAAGAAGCUGCUACUGAACUUGACCUUGUAAAUGAAGAAGCCUCAGAACUGGCUGACGUUACUAAAGAUCAAAGCGAUAAGUUGGCUGAUCAGAAGAAACUAAAGACCAAGAAACAGAAGACAGCUAAACCAGAAGAAGAAGCUGCUACUGAACUUGACCUAGUCAAUGAAGAAGCCUCAGAACUGGCUGACGUUACUAAAGAUCAAAGCGAUAAGUUGGCUGAUCAGAAGAAACUAAAGACCAAGAAACAGAAGACAGCUAAACCAGAAGAAGAAGCUGCUACUGAACUUGACCUAGUCAAUGAAGAAGCCUCAGAACUGGCUGACGUUACUCAUGAUGAGGCCGAUAAGUUUGCUGAUCAGAAGAAACUAAAGACCAAGAAACAGAAGACAGCUAAACCAGAAGAAGAAGCUGCUACUGAACUUGACCUAGUCAAUGAAGAAGCCUCAGAACUGGCUGACGUUACUCAAGAUCAAAGCGAUAAGUUGGCUGAUCAGAAGAAACUAAAGACCAAGAAACAGAAGACAGCUACACCAGAAGAAGCUGCUACUGAACUUGACCUAGUCAAUGAAGAAGCCUCAGAACUGGCUGACGUUACUCAAGAUCAAAGCGAUAAGUUGGCUGAUCAGAAGAAACUAAAGACCAAGAAACAGAAGACAGCUAAACCAGAAGAAGAAGCUGCUACUGAACUUGACCUAGUCAAUGAAGAAGCCUCAGAACUGGCUGACGUUACUCAUGAUGAGGCCGAUAAGUUUGCUGAUCAGAAGAAACUAAAGACCAAGAAACAGAAGACAGCUACACCAGAAGAAGCUGCUACUGAACUUGACCUAGUCAAUGAAGAAGCCUCAGAACUGGCUGACGUUACUCAAGAUCAAAGCGAUAAGUUGGCUGAUCAGAAGAAACUAAAGACCAAGAAACAGAAGACAGCUACACCAGAAGAAGCUGCUACUGAACUUGACCUAGUCAAUGAAGAAGCCUCAGAACUGGCUGACGUUACUCAAGAUCAAAGCGAUAAGUUGGCUGAUCAGAAGAAACUAAAGACCAAGAAACAGAAGACAGCUACACCAGAAGAAGCUGCUACUGAACUUGACCUAGUCAAUGAAGAAGCCUCAGAACUGGCUGACGUUACUCAAGAUCAAAGCGAUAAGUUGGCUGAUCAGAAGAAACUAAAGACCAAGAAACAGAAGACAGCUACACCAGAAGAAGCUGCUACUGAACUUGACCUAGUCAAUGAAGAAGCCUCAGAACUGGCUGACGUUACUCAAGAUCAAAGCGAUAAGUUGGCUGAUCAGAAGAAACUAAAGACCAAGAAACAGAAGACAGCUAAACCAGAAGAAGAAGCUGCUACUGAACUUGACCUAGUCAAUGAAGAAGCCUCAGAACUGGCUGACGUUACUCAUGAUGAGGCCGAUAAGUUUGCUGAUCAGAAGAAACUAAAGACCAAGAAACAGAAGACAGCUACACCAGAAGAAGCUGCUACUGAACUUGACCUAGUCAAUGAAGAAGCCUCAGAACUGGCUGACGUUACUCAAGAUCAAAGCGAUAAGUUGGCUGAUCAGAAGAAACUAAAGACCAAGAAACAGAAGACAGCUACACCAGAAGAAGCUGCUACUGAACUUGACCUAGUCAAUGAAGAAGCCUCAGAACUGGCUGACGUUACUCAAGAUCAAAGCGAUAAGUUGGCUGAUCAGAAGAAACUAAAGACCAAGAAACAGAAGACAGCUAAACCAGAAGAAGCUGCUACUGAACUUGACCUAGUCAAUGAAGAAGCCUCAGAACUGGCUGACGUUACUCAUGAUGAGGCCGAUAAGUUUGCUGAUCAGAAGAAACUAAAGACCAAGAAACAGAAGACAGCUAAACCAGAAGAAGAAGCUGCUACUGAACUUGACCUAGUCAAUGAAGAAGCCUCAGAACUGGCUGACGUUACUCAAGAUCAAAGCGAUAAGUUUGCUGAUCAGAAGAAACUAAAGACCAAGAAACAGAAGACAGCUAAACCAGAAGAAGAAGCUGCUACUGAACUUGACCUAGUCAAUGAAGAAGCCUCAGAACUGGCUGACGUUACUCAAGAUCAAAGCGAUAAGUUUGCUGAUCAGAAGAAACUAAAGACCAAGAAACAGAAGACAGCUACACCAGAAGAAGCUGCUACUGAACUUGACCUUGUAAAUGAAGAAGCCUCAGAACUGGCUGACGUUACUCAAGAUCAAAGCGAUAAGUUGGCUGAUCAGAAGAAACUAAAGACCAAGAAACAGAAGACAGCUAAACCAGAAGAAGAAGCUGCUACUGAACUUGACCUAGUCAAUGAUGAAGCCUCAGAACUGGCUGACGUUACUCAUGAUGAGGCCGAUAAGUUUGCUGAUCAGAAGAAACUAAAGACCAAGAAACAGAAGACAGCUAAACCAGAAGAAGAAGCUGCUACUGAACUUGACCUAGUCAAUGAUGAAGCCUCAGAACUGGCUGACGUUACUCAUGAUGAGGCCGAUAAGUUUGCUGAUCAGAAGAAACUAAAGACCAAGAAACAGAAGACAGCUACACCAGAAAAAGCUGCUACUGAACUUGACCUUGUAAAUGAAGAAGCCUCAGAACUGGCUGACGUUACUCAAGAUCAAAGCGAUAAGUUGGCUGAUCAGAAGAAACUAAAGACCAAGAAACAGAAGACAGCUAAACCAGAAGAAGAAGCUGCUACUGAACUUGACCUAGUCAAUGAUGAAGCCUCAGAACUGGCUGACGUUACUCAUGAUGAGGCCGAUAAGUUUGCUGAUCAGAAGAAACUAAAGACCAAGAAACAGAAGACAGCUACACCAGAAAAAGCUGCUACUGAACUUGACCUUGUAAAUGAAGAAGCCUCAGAACUGGCUGACGUUACUCAAGAUCAAAGCGAUAAGUUGGCUGAUCAGAAGAAACUAAAGACCAAGAAACAGAAGACAGCUAAACCAGAAGAAGAAGCUGCUACUGAACUUGACCUAGUCAAUGAAGAAGCCUCAGAACUGGCUGACGUUACUCAAGAUCAAAGCGAUAAGUUUGCUGAUCAGAAGAAACUAAAGACCAAGAAACAGAAGACAGCUAAACCAGAAGAAGAAGCUGCUACUGAACUUGACCUAGUCAAUGAAGAAGCCUCAGAACUGGCUGACGUUACUCAUGAUGAGGCCGAUAAGUUUGCUGAUCAGAAGAAACUAAAGACCAAGAAACAGAAGACAGCUACACCAGAAGAAGCUGCUACUGAACUUGACCUUGUAAAUGAAGAAGCCUCAGAACUGGCUGACGUUACUAAAGAUCAAAGCGAUAAGUUGGCUGAUCAGAAGAAACUAAAGACCAAGAAACAGAAGACAGCUAAACCAGAAGAAGAAGCUGCUACUGAACUUGACCUAGUCAAUGAAGAAGCCUCAGAACUGGCUGACGUUACUAAAGAUCAAAGCGAUAAGUUGGCUGAUCAGAAGAAACUAAAGACCAAGAAACAGAAGACAGCUAAACCAGAAGAAGAAGCUGCUACUGAACUUGACCUAGUCAAUGAAGAAGCCUCAGAACUGGCUGACGUUACUCAAGAUCAAAGCGAUAAGUUUGCUGAUCAGAAGAAACUAAAGACCAAGAAACAGAAGACAGCUAAACCAGAAGAAGAAGCUGCUACUGAACUUGACCUAGUUAAUGAAGAAGCCUCAGAACUGGCUGACGUUACUCAUGAUGAGGCCGAUAAGUUUGCUGAUCAGAAGAAACUAAAGACCAAGAAACAGAAGACAGCUAAACCAGAAGAAGCUGCUACUGAACUUGACCUAGUCAAUGAAGAAGCCUCAGAACUGGCUGACGUUACUAAAGAUCAAAGCGAUAAGUUGGCUGAUCAGAAGAAACUAAAGACCAAGAAACAGAAGACAGCUAAACCAGAAGAAGAAGCUGCUACUGAACUUGACCUAGUCAAUGAAGAAGCCUCAGAACUGGCUGACGUUACUCAAGAUCAAAGCGAUAAGUUUGCUGAUCAGAAGAAACUAAAGACCAAGAAACAGAAGACAGCUAAACCAGAAGAAGAAGCUGCUACUGAACUUGACCUAGUCAAUGAAGAAGCCUCAGAACUGGCUGACGUUACUCAAGAUCAAAGCGAUAAGUUUGCUGAUCAGAAGAAACUAAAGACCAAGAAACAGAAGACAGCUAAACCAGAAGAAGAAGCUGCUACUGAACUUGACCUAGUCAAUGAAGAAGCCUCAGAACUGGCUGACGUUACUCAUGAUGAGGCCGAUAAGUUUGCUGAUCAGAAGAAACUAAAGAUUAAGAAACAGAAGACAGCUAAACCAGAAGAAGCUGCUACUGAACUUGACCUAGUCAAUGAAGAAGCCUCAGAACUGGCUGACGUUACUCAUGAUGAGGCCGAUAAGUUUGCUGAUCAGAAGAAACUAAAGACCAAGAAACAGAAGACAGCUACACCAGAAGAAGCUGCUACUGAACUUGACCUUGUAAAUGAAGAAGCCUCAGAACUGGCUGACGUUACUAAAGAUCAAAGCGAUAAGUUGGCUGAUCAGAAGAAACUAAAGACCAAGAAACAGAAGACAGCUAAACCAGAAGAAGAAGCUGCUACUGAACUUGACCUAGUCAAUGAAGAAGCCUCAGAACUGGCUGACGUUACUCAAGAUCAAAGCGAUAAGUUUGCUGAUCAGAAGAAACUAAAGACCAAGAAACAGAAGACAGCUAAACCAGAAGAAGCUGCUACUGAACUUGACCUAGUCAAUGAAGAAGCCUCAGAACUGGCUGACGUUACUCAAGAUCAAAGCGAUAAGUUUGCUGAUCAGAAGAAACUAAAGACCAAGAAACAGAAGACAGCUAAACCAGAAGAAGCUGCUACUGAACUUGACCUAGUCAAUGAAGAAGCCUCAGAACUGGCUGACGUUACUCAUGAUGAGGCCGAUAAGUUUGCUGAUCAGAAGAAACUAAAGACCAAGAAACAGAAGAUAGCUAAACCAGAAGAAGCUGCUACUGAACUUGACCUAGUCAAUGAAGAAGCCUCAGAACUGGCUGACGUUACUCAAGAUCAAAGCGAUAAGUUUGCUGAUCAGAAGAAACUAAAGACCAAGAAACAGAAGACAGCUACACCAGAAGAAGCUGCUACUGAACUUGACCUUGUAAAUGAAGAAGCCUCAGAACUGGCUGACGUUACUAAAGAUCAAAGCGAUAAGUUGGCUGAUCAGAAGAAACUAAAGACCAAGAAACAGAAGACAGCUAAACCAGAAGAAGAAGCUGCUACUGAACUUGACCUAGUCAAUGAAGAAGCCUCAGAACUGGCUGACGUUACUCAUGAUGAGGCCGAUAAGUUUGCUGAUCAGAAGAAACUAAAGACCAAGAAACAGAAGACAGCUAAACCAGAAGAAGAAGCUGCUACUGAACUUGACCUAGUCAAUGAAGAAGCCUCAGAACUGGCUGACGUUACUCAAGAUCAAAGCGAUAAGUUUGCUGAUCAGAAGAAACUAAAGACCAAGAAACAGAAGACAGCUAAACCAGAAGAAGAAGCUGCUACUGAACUUGACCUAGUCAAUGAAGAAGCCUCAGAACUGGCUGACGUUACUCAAGAUCAAAGCGAUAAGUUUGCUGAUCAGAAGAAACUAAAGACCAAGAAACAGAAGACAGCUACACCAGAAGAAGCUGCUACUGAACUUGACCUUGUAAAUGAAGAAGCCUCAGAACUGGCUGACGUUACUCAAGAUCAAAGCGAUAAGUUGGCUGAUCAGAAGAAACUAAAGACCAAGAAACAGAAGACAGCUAAACCAGAAGAAGAAGCUGCUACUGAACUUGACCUAGUCAAUGAUGAAGCCUCAGAACUGGCUGACGUUACUCAUGAUGAGGCCGAUAAGUUUGCUGAUCAGAAGAAACUAAAGACCAAGAAACAGAAGACAGCUAAACCAGAAGAAGAAGCUGCUACUGAACUUGACCUAGUCAAUGAUGAAGCCUCAGAACUGGCUGACGUUACUCAUGAUGAGGCCGAUAAGUUUGCUGAUCAGAAGAAACUAAAGACCAAGAAACAGAAGACAGCUAAACCAGAAGAAGAAGCUGCUACUGAACUUGACCUAGUCAAUGAAGAAGCCUCAGAACUGGCUGACGUUACUCAAGAUCAAAGCGAUAAGUUGGCUGAUCAGAAGAAACUAAAGACCAAGAAACAGAAGACAGCUAAACCAGAAGAAGAAGCUGCUACUGAACUUGACCUAGUCAAUGAAGAAGCCUCAGAACUGGCUGACGUUACUCAAGAUCAAAGCGAUAAGUUUGCUGAUCAGAAGAAACUAAAGACCAAGAAACAGAAGACAGCUAAACCAGAAGAAGAAGCUGCUACUGAACUUGACCUAGUCAAUGAAGAAGCCUCAGAACUGGCUGACGUUACUCAUGAUGAGGCCGAUAAGUUUGCUGAUCAGAAGAAACUAAAGACCAAGAAACAGAAGACAGCUACACCAGAAGAAGCUGCUACUGAACUUGACCUUGUAAAUGAAGAAGCCUCAGAACUGGCUGACGUUACUAAAGAUCAAAGCGAUAAGUUGGCUGAUCAGAAGAAACUAAAGACCAAGAAACAGAAGACAGCUAAACCAGAAGAAGAAGCUGCUACUGAACUUGACCUAGUCAAUGAAGAAGCCUCAGAACUGGCUGACGUUACUAAAGAUCAAAGCGAUAAGUUGGCUGAUCAGAAGAAACUAAAGACCAAGAAACAGAAGACAGCUAAACCAGAAGAAGAAGCUGCUACUGAACUUGACCUAGUCAAUGAAGAAGCCUCAGAACUGGCUGACGUUACUCAAGAUCAAAGCGAUAAGUUUGCUGAUCAGAAGAAACUAAAGACCAAGAAACAGAAGACAGCUAAACCAGAAGAAGAAGCUGCUACUGAACUUGACCUAGUCAAUGAAGAAGCCUCAGAACUGGCUGACGUUACUCAAGAUCAAAGCGAUAAGUUUGCUGAUCAGAAGAAACUAAAGACCAAGAAACAGAAGACAGCUAAACCAGAAGAAGAAGCUGCUACUGAACUUGACCUAGUCAAUGAAGAAGCCUCAGAACUGGCUGACGUUACUCAUGAUGAGGCCGAUAAGUUUGCUGAUCAGAAGAAACUAAAGAUUAAGAAACAGAAGACAGCUAAACCAGAAGAAGCUGCUACUGAACUUGACCUAGUCAAUGAAGAAGCCUCAGAACUGGCUGACGUUACUCAUGAUGAGGCCGAUAAGUUUGCUGAUCAGAAGAAACUAAAGACCAAGAAACAGAAGACAGCUACACCAGAAGAAGCUGCUACUGAACUUGACCUUGUAAAUGAAGAAGCCUCAGAACUGGCUGACGUUACUAAAGAUCAAAGCGAUAAGUUGGCUGAUCAGAAGAAACUAAAGACCAAGAAACAGAAGACAGCUAAACCAGAAGAAGAAGCUGCUACUGAACUUGACCUAGUCAAUGAAGAAGCCUCAGAACUGGCUGACGUUACUCAAGAUCAAAGCGAUAAGUUUGCUGAUCAGAAGAAACUAAAGACCAAGAAACAGAAGACAGCUAAACCAGAAGAAGCUGCUACUGAACUUGACCUAGUCAAUGAAGAAGCCUCAGAACUGGCUGACGUUACUCAAGAUCAAAGCGAUAAGUUUGCUGAUCAGAAGAAACUAAAGACCAAGAAACAGAAGACAGCUAAACCAGAAGAAGCUGCUACUGAACUUGACCUAGUCAAUGAAGAAGCCUCAGAACUGGCUGACGUUACUCAUGAUGAGGCCGAUAAGUUUGCUGAUCAGAAGAAACUAAAGACCAAGAAACAGAAGACAGCUACACCAGAAGAAGCUGCUACUGAACUUGACCUAGUCAAUGAAGAAGCCUCAGAACUGGCUGACGUUACUCAUGAUGAAGCCGAUAAGUUUGCUGAUCAGAAGAAACUAAAGACCAAGAAACAGAAGACAGCUACACCAGAAGAAGCUGCUACUGAACUUGACCUUGUAAAUGAAGAAGCCUCAGAACUGGCUGACGUUACUCAAGAUCAAAGCGAUAAGUUUGCUGAUCAGAAGAAACUAAAGACCAAGAAACAGAAGACAGCUAAACCAGAAGAAGAAGCUGCUACUGAACUUGACCUAGUCAAUGAAGAAGCCUCAGAACUGGCUGACGUUACUCAAGAUCAAAGCGAUAAGUUGGCUGAUCAGAAGAAACUAAAGACCAAGAAACAGAAGAUAGCUAAACCAGAAGAAGCUGCUACUGAACUUGACCUAGUCAAUGAAGAAGCCUCAGAACUGGCUGACGUUACUCAUGAUGAAGCCGAUAAGUUUGCUGAUCAGAAGAAACUAAAGACCAAGAAACAGAAGACAGCUACACCAGAAGAAGCUGCUACUGAACUUGACCUUGUAAAUGAAGAAGCCUCAGAACUGGCUGACGUUACUAAAGAUCAAAGCGAUAAGUUGGCUGAUCAGAAGAAACUAAAGACCAAGAAACAGAAGACAGCUAAACCAGAAGAAGAAGCUGCUACUGAACUUGACCUAGUCAAUGAAGAAGCCUCAGAACUGGCUGACGUUACUAAAGAUCAAAGCGAUAAGUUUGCUGAUCAGAAGAAACUAAAGACCAAGAAACAGAAGACAGCUACACCAGAAGAAGCUGCUACUGAACUUGACCUUGUAAAUGAAGAAGCCUCAGAACUGGCUGACGUUACUAAAGAUCAAAGCGAUAAGUUUGCUGAUCAGAAGAAACUAAAGACCAAGAAACAGAAGACAGCUACACCAGAAGAAGCUGCUACUGAACUAGACCUGGUUGGUGAGGAAGCCUCAGAACUGGCUGACAUACCUGAAGAGAAGGGCGCCUUUAUCAGAAAUGACGUUACUAGUCAGAACAUUAAAUUAGGUAUUAAAGCAAGUUACAAUUUUAAUAGUGUUGCUACUGAUUUAAAAAAAGAAGAUCAUAUCCCAAGGAAAGGUUUACAUGAAAAAACCAACGGUGAAGCUCCAGAAGCUAAAAGCCAGUUUACACUGAGAAAAACAAAGCGAAGAGAAAUGUCUCCACAAGGUUUGUAAACACUAACAUACUAUUAUAUAAUCCGCAAUUUCAGUCGCUAAACCCAACUUCUUAAUAAAAAAAAAGGCUGAAGCUUGUUUCAAUGGGGACCCACUGGUAAUCACCGUAAAAUUGCAAUGCGACGAGAAUACCUGCGUAAGUGUCCAAUAAGCGUAAAUGUAAUUUUUAGCUUUCAAUUUACAAAGACGAGGAGUAUAUGGAAGAGAACGAUAAUGUCUACUUAAUAACAUCGUCUGACGGGCGUAUGACGACAGUGUCGUUGUACAUAAAUUGUUGUGAUUACAAGUUUAACGGAAAGCUUACGUUUGUUGCUUCCAACGCUGCCGGUAAUGAUAAGUGUCUAGUUAAUCUAAAGGUAAAAGAUCAAUCUGAGAAGAAACGAGUACGAUCACCGUUAAAUGAGUUUGACAACAACUUAGAACUAACUUACUACGCUCCCGAUAUAGAAGCCUGUGAAGUGGGUUUAAAGCAUUCUGUUUUAUAAAUAUUUUUAGUGUGUUUGUCCGUUUGUCGAAAAUGUCAGUGUGUUCUGCAAUGUCAAAGCUGUCCCAAUUGUGUAUGUCAAACCUGUACUACUGCCAAAGCGAAGCUUUAAAGAGGGUAAAACAUUGACUUAGAUGGGUUGUAUAUACAUUUUUUUAAAUUUCAGAUCAAGACGACAAAAAAAGAAAACCUACGGCAUUGACAAUUCCAAAAGAUAUAAAUUCUUUAUACGGUGACCCCAGUACCUUGGUUUCUACAGCAAAUGUGACAACAGAAUUAAACAGCGACAUCGAAACAGGCAGAACCGAAGUCGUCUCUCCGGUCAAAGAACUAAACAAAGAUUCAGUUAGUGAACACUUUGAAAUUGUAGACAAAAAGAAAGCAGACGAACCUAAGAAAAAGCAGAAACUGACAAGAAGCUUGACGACAAGAAGGCCGAAGAAGCUAAGAAGAAGGCUGAAGCUGACAAAAAAACUGAAGAUGAUAAGAAGAAAGCCGAGGAAGAAGCUAAGAAGAAGGCUGAAGCUGAUAAGAAAAAUGCCGAAGAAGAAGCCAAGAAGAAAGCUGAAGCUGAUAAGAAGAAGGCACAGGAAGAAGCUAAGAAGAAGGCUGAAGCUGAUAAGAAGAAGGCCGAGGAAGAAGCUAAGAAGAAGGCUGAAGCUGAUAAGAAGAAGGCUGAAGAAGAAGCUAAGAAGAAGGCUGAGGAAGAAGCUAAGAAGAAGACUGAAGCUAAUAAGAAGAAGGCCGAGGCAGAAGCUAAGAAGAAGGCUGAAGAUGAUAAGAAGAAGGCCGAGGAAGAAGCUAAGAAAAAGGCUGAAGCUGAUAAAAAGAAGGCUGAGGAAGAAGCUAAGAAGAAGGCUGAAGCUGAUAAGAAAAAUGCCGAAGAAGAAGCCAAGAAGAAAGCUGAAGCUGAUAAGAAGGCUGAAGAAGAAGCUAAGAAGAAGGCUGAGGAAGAAGCUAAGAAGAAGACUGAAGCUAAUAAGAAGAAGGCCGAGGCAGAAGCUAAGAAGAAGGCUGAAGAUGAUAAGAAGAAGGCCGAGGAAGAAGCUAAGAAAAAGGCUGAAGCUGAUAAAAAGAAGGCUGAGGAAGAAGCUAAGAAGAAGGCUGAGGAAGAAGCAAAGAAGAAGGCUAAAGAUGAUAAGAAGAAGGCCGAGGAAGAAGCUAAGAAAAAGGCUGAAGCUGAUAAAAAGAAGGCUGAGGAAGAAGCUAAGAAGAAGGCUGAGGAAGAAGCUAAGAAGAAGGCUGAGGAAGAAGCUAAGAAGAAGGCUGAAGCUGAUAAGAAGAAGGCCGAGGCAGAAGCUAAGAAGAAGGCUGAAGCUGAUAAGAAGAAGGCCGAGGCAGAAGCUAAGAAGAAGGCUGAGGAAGAAGCUAAGAAGAAGGCUGAAGCUGAUAAGAAGAAGGCCGAGGCAGAAGCUAAGAAGAAGGCAGAAGAAGAAGCUAAGAAAAAAGCCGAGGAAGAAGCUAAGAAGAAGGCUGAAGCUGAUAAGAAGAAGGCUGAGGAAGAAGCUAAGAAGAAGGCUGAGGAAGAAGCUAAGAAGAAGGCUGAAGCUGAUAAGAAGAAGGCCGAGGCAGAAGCUAAGAAGAAGGCUGAAGCUGAUAAGAAGAAGGCCGAGGCAGAAGCUAAGAAGAAGGCUGAAGCUGAUAAGAAGAAGGCAGAGGAAGAAGCUAAGAAGAAGGCUGAAGCUGAUAAGAAGAAGGCUGAGGAAGAAGCUAAGAAGAAGGCUGAAGCUGACAAGAAGAAGGCCGAGGAAGAAGCUAAGAAGAAGGCUGAAGCUGAUAAGAAGAAGGCUGAGGAAGAAGCUAAGAAGAAGGCUGAAGCUGAUAAGAAAAAGGCCGAGGAAGAAGCUAAGAAGAAGGCUGAAGCUGAUAAGAAGAAGGCCGAGGAAGAAGCUAAGAAGAAGGCUGAAGCUGAUAAGAAGAAGGCCGAGGAAGAAGCUAAGAAGAAAGCUGAAGCUGACAAGAAGAAGGCCGAGGAAGAAGCUAAGAAGAAGGCCGAGGAAGAAGCUAAAAAGAAGGCUGAAGCUGAUAAGAAGAAGGCCGAGGAAGAAGCUAAGAAGAAGGCUGAAGCUGACAAGAAGAAGGCCGAGGAAGAAGCUAAGAAGAAGGCUGAAGCUGAUAAGAAGAAGGCCGAGGAAGAAGCUAAGAAGAAGGCUGAAGCUGAUAAGAAGAAGGCCGAGGCAGAAGCUAAGAAGAAGGCUGAAGCUGAUAAGAAGAAGGCCGAGGCAGAAGCUAAGAAGAAGGCUGAAGCUGAUAAGAAGAAGGCAGAGGAAGAAGCUAAGAAGAAGGCUGAAGCUGAUAAGAAGAAGGCUGAGGAAGAAGCUAAGAAGAAGGCUGAAGCUGACAAGAAGAAGGCCGAGGAAGAAGCUAAGAAGAAAGCUGAAGCUGAUAAGAAAAAGGCUGAGGAAGAAGCUAAGAAGAAGGCUGAAGCUGAUAAGAAAAAGGCCGAGGAAGAAGCUAAGAAGAAGGCUGAAGCUGAUAAGAAGAAGGCCGAGGAAGAAGCUAAGAAGAAGGCUGAAGCUGAUAAGAAGAAGGCCGAGGAAGAAGCUAAGAAGAAAGCUGAAGCUGACAAGAAGAAGGCAGAGGAAGAAGCUAAGAAGAAGGCCGAGGAAGAAGCUAAAAAGAAGGCUGAAGCUGAUAAGAAGAAGGCCGAGGAAGAAGCUAAGAAGAAGGCUGAAGCUGACAAGAAGAAGGCCGAGGUAGAAGCUAAGAAAAAGGCAGAGGAAGAAGCUAAGAAAAAGGCCGAGGAAGAAGCUAAGAAGAAGGCUGAAGCUGACAAGAAGAAGGCCGAGGAAGAAGCUAAGAAAAAGACAGAGGAAGAAGCUAAGAAGGAGGCCGAGGAAGAAGCUAAGAAGAAGGCUGAAGCUGAUAAGAAGAAGGCCAAGGAAGAAGCUAAGAAGAAAGCUGAAGCUGAUAAGAAGAAGGCCGAGGAAGAAGCUAAGAAAAAGGCAGAGGAAGAAGCUAAGAAAAAAGCCGAGGAAGAAGCUAAGAAGAAGACAGAGGAAGAAGCUAAGAAGAAGGCUGAAGCUGGUAAGAAGAAGGCCGAGGAAGAAGCUAAGAAGAAGGCUGAAGCUGACAAGAAGAAGGCCGAGGAAGAAGCUAAGAAAAAGACAGAGGAAGAAGCUAAGAAGGAAGCCGAGGAAGAAGCUAAGAAGAAAGCUGAAGCUGAUAAGCAGAAGGCCAAGGAAGAAGCUAAGAAAAAAGCCGAGGAAGAAGCUAAGAAGAAGGCUGAGGCUGAUAAGAAGAAGGCCGAGGAAGAAGCUAAGAAAAAGGCAGAAGAAGAAGCUAAGAAAAAAGCCGAGGAAGAAGCUAAGAAGAAGGCUGAAACUGACAAGAAGAAGGCCAAGGAAGAAGCUAAGAAGAAAGCUGAAGCUGAUGAGAAGAAGGCCGAGGAAGAAGCUAAGAAGAAGGCUGAAGCUGAUAAGAAGAAGGCCGAGGAAGAAGCUAAGAUGAAGGCUGAAGCUGAUAAGAAGAAGGCCGAGGAAGAAGCUAAGAAGAAGGCUGAAGCUAACAAGAAGAAGGCAGAGGAAGAAGCUAAGAAGAAGGCUGAAGCUAACAAGAAGAAGGCCGAGGAAGAAGCUAAGAAGAAGGCUGAAGCUGACAAGAAGAAGGCCGAGGAAGAAGCUAAGAAAAAGGCAGAGGAAGAAGCUAAGAAGAAGGCCGAGGAAGAAGCUAAGAAGAAGGCCGAGGAAGAAGCUAAGAAGAAGGCUGAAGCUGGUAAGAAGAAGGCCGAGGAAGAAGCUAAGAUGAAGGCUGAAGCUGAUAAGAAGAAGGCCGAGGAAGAAGCUAAGAUGAAGGCUGAAGCUGAUAAGAAGAAGGCCGAGGAAGAAGCUAAGAUGAAGGCUGAAGCUGAUAAGAAGAAGGCCGAGGAAGAAGCUAAGAAGAAGGCUGAAGCUAACAAGAAGAAGGCAGAGGAAGAAGCUAAGAAAAAGACAGAGGAAGAAGCUAAGAAGGAAGCCGAGGAAGAAGCUAAGAAGAAAGCUGAAGCUGAUAAGCAGAAGGCCAAGGAAGAAGCUAAGAAAAAAGCCGAGGAAGAAGCUAAGAAGAAGGCUGAGGCUGAUAAGAAGAAGGCCGAGGAAGAAGCUAAGAAAAAGGCAGAAGAAGAAGCUAAGAAAAAAGCCGAGGAAGAAGCUAAGAAGAAGGCUGAAACUGACAAGAAGAAGGCCAAGGAAGAAGCUAAGAAGAAAGCUGAAGCUGAUGAGAAGAAGGCCGAGGAAGAAGCUAAGAAGAAGGCUGAAGCUGAUAAGAAGAAGGCCGAGGAAGAAGCUAAGAUGAAGGCUGAAGCUGAUAAGAAGAAGGCCGAGGAAGAAGCUAAGAAGAAGGCUGAAGCUAACAAGAAGAAGGCAGAGGAAGAAGCUAAGAAGAAGGCUGAAGCUAACAAGAAGAAGGCCGAGGAAGAAGCUAAGAAGAAGGCUGAAGCUGACAAGAAGAAGGCCGAGGAAGAAGCUAAGAAAAAGGCAGAGGAAGAAGCUAAGAAGAAGGCCGAGGAAGAAGCUAAGAAGAAGGCCGAGGAAGAAGCUAAGAAGAAGGCUGAAGCUGGUAAGAAGAAGGCCGAGGAAGAAGCUAAGAUGAAGGCUGAAGCUGAUAAGAAGAAGGCCGAGGAAGAAGCUAAGAUGAAGGCUGAAGCUGAUAAGAAGAAGGCCGAGGAAGAAGCUAAGAUGAAGGCUGAAGCUGAUAAGAAGAAGGCCGAGGAAGAAGCUAAGAAGAAGGCUGAAGCUAACAAGAAGAAGGCAGAGGAAGAAGCUAAGAAGAAGGCUGAAGCUGAUAAGAAGAAGGCCGGGGAAGAAGCUAAGAAGGCUGAAGCUGAUAAGAAGAAGGCCGAAGAAGAAGCUAAGAAGAAGGCUGAAGCUGAUAAGAAGAAGGCCAAGGAAGAAGAUAAGAAGAAGGCUGAAGCUGAUAAGAAGAAGGCCGAGGAAGAAGUUAAGAAGAAAGCUGAAGCUGAUAAGAAGAAGGCCGAGGAAGAAGCUAAAAAGAAGGCUGAAGCUGAUAAGAAGAAGGCUGAUACUGACAAAGACAAGGUUGAAUUAGACAAAACAGCUGAAAUUGGCAUGGUCGAAAAAAAAGAAGCAAAAACUGAAAAAACGAAAAUUGGUGAGAAGAAUCUUUCUAAAGAUGAUACGGAAAUAACGCCAACUAAUGAUGCAAAAACAGAUUCAAGCGAGCAAUCAGAAAAAUCAAAGAAGAAAAAGAUUGUAAAAAAGAAAAGAGGAGCUCAGGUCGACGAAGAGAACAAGAAAGUACAAUGGGAAAGUGACUUGCAGGUUCACGCAAAGGAAGAACUGAGUGAAGUGCAACUAUUGGAGACUCUGGAGUUACCGCAAGUUGCACCGGAGAAACCUGAACAAGCUAGCGAAGUAGAAGAAAGCUAUUCCUAUCAACGCGUUGAAUCCCGACAACGCAAGAAACGGGAAGGCUUCGUAUCAUUGCCCCCAGAAAUAGUUUACGCCUUCCGAGGGGACCGUGUUGUUGUAGAAUGUGAACUGUACAACGAAGAGGACGAAGUAGAAUGGACAGUCAACGAUAAACCGUACACUUCAGACUCUCGCUGCUCAUUAGACGAUUAUGGAUACUUACGCCGCUUGGUCAUUCAAGAUAUUGUACCAGACGACUCCGAAACGUCGGUUUGUGUUACCUUCAACGGUAUUCCGGCGCACAGUAAGAUCAUGGUGGACGAAACUCCGGUGGAAUUCGUCAAGAAGCUAGAAUAUCGAACCGCAGCGAACCUCGGUGAGAUGUGUACGUUGAGCGUUUUGUUGUCGCACGCAGCGGAGAAGGUUUCGUGGUAUUUCAACUCGAACCCAGUAAACGAACACGAUCCUAUGUACCGUAUUAUCUCGGACAAAACCGUGCAAGCGUUGCAAGUACUGAAACCAACUUAUGAAAUGAUUGGUCGCUUCUCCGUGGUAGCCGACCAAUCCGAGUGUUCUACACUGUUUGACAUCCGUGGUAAACCAGUAGUAAUGCGAUAUCCUGAAUACGUUGAAGCUGAUGCACACGACGACUUGAAGAUUACCAUCCCGAUGAAAGUUAAGCCAGAGCCAGACGUUGACAUUUUGAUAAAAGACGAAAACCUGUUUUCCGACAUCCGUACGGUCUUUGAAUUUACAGACAAUAGUUUGUUGAUAACAAGAAAGAACGUGACUAGAAAGGAUGCUGGCACCUACAUGAUCAAAGUGCACAACGAGUUCGGAGAGGAAGUGAUUCCAGUCAAUGUCAUUGUCAAAGGUUUGUUAAGCAACGUACAUUAUAACAAAUAUUUUUGCUUUACUAAUAUAAGUCCAUAAUUUCAGAUGUUCCCGGACCUCCUACGAACAUUGGCAUAAAGGAAGUAGGUGAUGACUACACUACCGUUACCUGGGACAAACCUGAGAACGACGGUGGAGCUCAAAUCACUUCGUACGUGAUCGAAAAGAAAGAAUACAACAGAAGAGUGUUUCAAAAAGUGGGUCAGAGUUCGAGCCGCAGCAAAGAAUUGUUUAUCGACGACCUCGAAAUGGAGACUCAUUACUUAAUUCGUGUAGCUGCGGUCAACAAAUUCGGUGUGGGCGACUUUGCCGAGCCCGCCAAUGUAACUACUGGAAUUCCUUAUACAGCGCCCGUACCUACCAGUCCGCCAGAAGUGCUCCAUCUUAGCACCAAGGUAUGCAAAACCUAUAUGAUAUAAUAAUAUGUGAAUAUCAAACAAAAAACCGUUUUUCCAUUAAAAAAAUUUUAUUUAAAAUUGACAAAAUAUGUUGUUAACCCUCUAUUAUAGUCUUGUUUCCUGGAAUGGGAAGAAGUCUCAGACGAUGGAGGCUCCCCGAUCUACUGCUACGACGUCUACAUGCGAGAAGACAGCGGAAAAUGGACAAAGGUUAACUCUGAACCAGUAUUUACUAACGCUUUCCAUGUUGAGAACCUUCUGAAGCCCGGAAGCUCUUACGAAUUCAAGGUCGAAGCCACAAACGAAGCUGGACUGCGAUCGGUCACAGAAGUUUGCUCAAAACCAAUCAAAGCGCCAAAAAUACACGGUAGGCAUUUAAAAAACGUUAAAUUUUACUGUUGAUAAUACCUAAAAUAAUAUAACCAAUAAAGGAAGUGAAAAAAGUAAAAACAACCACAGACGGAGAUAAAAAAUAAUUAUAAAUUUAGUUUUUUCCAGGAUAACAAAAUAUUUUGAAAUAACAAAAUGCGCGCCAAAUAUUUUUAUGAAAACAACUUUUUGUCGGACGAAAGUGAAUUAUUUUACAUUUUUGGUAAUUUUUGUAUUUUAAAAAUCCCAAAUUCAAAAAAUGCUAGGAAUAACACCGUAAGUGUUAAAAAAUUUUUGCAUUAUUGCUUUUUGUACAUUAUAGGUAACAAUUUUUUUUCAGAUAUUCCAACAAUGGAAGACGUAGACUUGAAGGUUGUGUUGACGGCCUACGAUGCGGUCACAGUCAGUUGGGUACCCAAACAAGAACAUUCAGAAGAUAAGACGGUUUCGUACGUUGUCUACUACAAAUCCGAGAACAGUAUCAUCUGGAAUGAGAUUCACACCAAAGAGACGAAUGUGUUCAUUGGAGAGUUAAAGGAUGGUGUGAGCUAUGUGUUCAAGGUGGCGGCAGAAAACGAUCUUGGUGUUGGUCCAACUACAACCGAAACUGAACCUCUCAAAGUUUCAGGUAACAAAUUUGUGGCUAGUUUAUUUUUUAGGGAAUUUUAGGUAAUAAAACCUGACGUAUUUGUGAAUUAAGUUGUUUAUUAGUAUUUAGUUUACACUAAAGUGUUAGCAGUGAGAUGGUGUGUAAAUAAAAGAUUUUUUUAAAUUCAUAAUUUUAGCUUCUGAAAAACCAGUUAUCAUCAAACCACUUCGUAGCCAUAAUAUUCCUCGAAAACGCGAACUCCGACUGGAAUGCCAUGCUCUGGGAGAGCCUGCUCCAAGUUACAUCUGGAAGAAAGAUGGCAAAGAGAUCGUCCCAGAAACUGACGAUGUUUCGGUAUGUUUUCAAGAUAUUUCAAUGAUUGACAACUUUUUACUUUUUUAUUCGUUAUUUACCUAUUUUCUUAUAAAAACGAUUUCUAGUAAACUUAUAUUGUUUUAGAUCAGCAACGAAGGAUUUAUGAGUGUUCUAACCAUUCGCGAAGUCACGACCGAAGACGCCGGAAAUUAUUCGUGUGAAGUUGUCAAUGAUUACGGUGUAGAUAUUUCCGAAAGUAAGGUUGAAGUUGGAGAUGUUAAAGCACACUUCUUGGCUUCGUUUGGCGAGCGCAUUCAAAUAUCCGAAAGUUCUAAGCUUGUACUUGAAUGCGAACUGUCUGAUGAAGAUGCUGUUGUUCAAUGGUUCAAGAAUGGCCGUGCCAUUAAACUGUCGGAAAAAAUGCAUAUUCUUCGCUCAGGGGCGUUGCGUCGCCUUGAAGUUGACGAUGUUACGCAUGAAGAUGGUGGAGAAUAUGUUUGUCAAACCAGCGACGAACAAAGCACCGCCAAAACCAGAGUCGCGGUCAAAAAACAAGUGACUCACAUUCAGUUCAGUCCUCAAGAUUACAUACUUUCUCAAUUUAACCAGCAUGCCAGUUUUACGUGCGAGUUGACUGGAACAACUGAUGAUGUUAAGUGGUUCAAGAACGGAGUCGAAAUAAUGCAGCCAUCUUCAAAACACUUUGUCAUCAACGAAGACAACAAGGUGACCUUAGAGAUUGUCAACGUAGACGAGAAAGAUGUUGGUGAAUAUGUUUUGGAACUACCUAAUGGAGAACGAAGUGCUCCAGCGCAACUUCAGCUUCGUGUAACACCAACACUGUCCUUCUCGCGCGAGAUCAAAUCGGACGAGAUCGAGACUGAAGCUGGAAAAGAUCUUCAAUUCAGCAUUAAUGUCAACGGAUUCCCUCAUCCACGCGUCGAAGCCAUGCUCAACGAGGAAACAUUGCGACACUUUGCAAACAUCGAUGACUUUGAUGAGAAUCACAUUCACAUCAGAAUUCAAUCGAUUUCGAGAGAACACGCUGGAGUCUUGAGUGUAAGGGCUAAAAACGAUGCUGGAGAAGAGAUCAAAAAGAUUAAAGUGCGAGUUUUGAGCGCACCAGCACCACCAAGGAACGUGAGGGCCCAAGUGUUAUCUCCGACGUCAGUUGAGAUAACGUUUGACCCAAGCGAAGAUGAUGAAGAUGCUUCAAUCGACUACUACCAAAUCGAACGCAAAACAGCCGAACACACUCGUUGGAGAAACGCAGGAAAAGUUAGGAAUCACCAAAACCUAAGAAUCGUGUGUGACGAUCUGUUCAGCGACGAGAUCUACGUGUUCCGUGUUCUUGCUGUCAAUGACAUUGGCAAAAGCGAAGGAAGCGAACAUGUGGACGUUAUCACGCCGGCCGAAGACUCGGAUGAGUACUCUAUCUCUUCUAACGCCCCAAUCAGCGACGCAUACAAACCAGAAGCCCCGGAAGCUCCUGAAGUUAUGCUAGACAAAAACAAAGUUCACAUCUCGUGGAAGGCAAUCGAGAACGUGACAUUGUACGCCAUUGAAAGGAGAAAAGUUGACGAAGACAUCUGGCUCGAGAUUGCCAACACCGACCGCACCUCGUUUGUAGACAGGUCGAUAUUAGAACCCGGAAACUACGUAUACAGAGUUAUAGCCAAGUUUGUAGAAGCUCGCAGCCAGCCCGGAAAAGAAUCUGCACCAGCUCAACUUGAAGGCAGAAUCACUUCAAGCGACGAAAAGAAGGUAGAAACAGCCAAUGGCAGCGUGAAGACGAACGAUACCAAAGUGGUCAAGAAAAAGAAGGCCAAGAAGUCGGUCAAGCUGGAGGCAGAAGAAGCCGAGCAAGAUAAACGUAUGUUUAAGUACAUUAACUAA